AUGGCCUCCAUCGUUGGUCCACAGAUCAAAAUGUCUUCUAGCGCAUUAUCAUCGAUACUUAAUAAACACACUUUAACUGGCGAGAAUUUUACCGAUUGGAAAAGGAACCUAAAGAUCGUCCUAACCUUUGAGAAACUGAAUUUCAUACUAAAUACACCUUGUCCUCCGGAGCCACCUGUUGAUGCUCUUAAUAAGGUUUUCGUAGCGUAUCAACGCUGGAAGGACUCUGACGAUAUGGCUCACUGUUAUAUGAUGGCGAGCAUGUCCACUGUCCUACAAGCACAACAUGAAAAUUACAUAAGUGCUCGUCAGAUUAUGGAUAAUCUUAAGGACAUGUUUGGCGGCCAAGUCGCUGAAAAACGUCGGGAAGCCCUAAGUAACCUCAUUAAUUACAGACAGAAGGAUGGGUCUUCCAUAAAGGAACAUAUGCUGAAGGUGAUGGGCUAUUUGGGUGAAGUUCAGACCAAUGGGGCCGACAUCGAUGCUGAGUCUCAAUUGACCAUGAUCUUUGACACUCUGUCGAAGGAGUAUAUUCCGUUUAGGGCAACGUUUAAUUUGAGUGCUAGACAGAAUAUAACCCUGACAGAGUUGAUGCAAGAACUCCAAAAGUUCAAGCGGAUGUCAACUGUUAUGGAGGCCAACUUGGCUGAGGCAUCUUUCUCCAAACCCUAUCCAGGGAAUGCAAAUAAGAAGCAAGAAGCUAAGAAGGAGAGUUCUUUAGUUUCGCCAAACAAGGGUGAGAACAAGAAGAAGAGGAACCCAAACAAGCUCAAGUGCUUUCAUUGUGGGAAGGGGUUCAAGCAAGCGAGAAGUCUUCUAAAUGAGAGCUUCACGUUGAGGAUGGGCGAUGGAACACUAGUGUUGGCUGAAGCAGUGUGA